CUCACGUGACCUGCCCGCCCCCCGCCUCUCCGCCAUGUUGUUUCUCCCUUCCCUCGGCGCCCGGUGGCGGCUUCUAUUCGCGGGCAGAUGCUGAACGAUGAUUUAAACUGAACGGCUAAGGUAAGAAAUCUUCGGGAACAUCAUAUCAGAUACUGACUCUUCCAAAAGCAUUGCCAAAGAUGUGUGUGGGAAACAAGGAAGAUCUAUUCUCUUAACAAUGGCAGCAAAAUCAUCACUCCUCAAAGUAAUACUACUAGGAGAUGGUGGAGUUGGGAAGAGUUCCCUUAUGAACAGAUAUGUCACCAACAAGUUUGAUGCACAGCUUUUUCAUACGAUUGGUGUGGAAUUCUUAAACAAAGAUUUGGAAGUGGAUGGACACUUUGUCACUCUGCAGAUCUGGGACACAGCAGGUCAGGAACGUUUUAGGAGCCUGCGGACUCCUUUCUACAGAGGUUCUGACUGUUGCUUGCUUACCUUCAGCGUGGAUGACUCUCAAAGCUUCCAAAACUUAAGCAACUGGAAGAAAGAGUUCAUUUAUUACGCAGAUGUCAAGGAGCCCGAAAGCUUUCCAUUUGUGAUAUUGGGUAACAAAGUUGAUAUAAGUGAGAGGCAGGUGUCUACGGAAGAAGCCCAAGACUGGUGCAGGAAUAACGGCAAUCAUCCCUAUUUUGAAACCAGUGCAAAAGAUGCCACUAAUGUUGCAGCAGCCUUUGAAGAAGCUGUUAGAAGAGUUCUAGCCUCUGAAGAUAGAUCGGAUCAUUUUAUUCAAACGGAUACAGUAAACCUCCAUCGGAAACCGAAACCUAGUUCAUCUUGUUGUUGACUUAACCUUUUUCUUUUUUGCCAAACUACUUUCAACUAGCUUACUCUGUAAGAGGAUGGGAAAGAUGUAGAUAAAAUAACAAAUGGGUUCUGCUCUAAUACUGAAGUUGUGAUACUCUGCUGCUUUCCUGGAGGAGCAAAACAGAUUUCCAUUCACGAGUGACCCAUUAUUGAAUUAGUGACACUUCCUAUCAGGAAGGUGUCAAGUAAAAAUCUUAAUAUAAGAAUGUAAUUUGCCAACUCUAAAUGAGAAAUACUUUGAAUAUAAUUAAAACUUGAAGUUCUGGAAGCACUACUAUGUGGAAACUGUUCUGGAAUUCAGAUACAAAGAAACUUUUAUAUGUAUAUAUAUAUUUUUAUGAAAUUAGCAUUCCAUUUUGUUUCACUAGAACUCAGUUUCUUAACAAUGCUAGAUAUUAAACUUUAGUCUCGCUGCAUUCCUUUGGAUGUGUGUGGAACUUCAUCUCUAAUGCAUUUACUACAAGUUAACAUAAAUUACCUUCAAGUUUUCUGUAAUUGCUAUAAUUUGUGUAGGUUUUUAAGUAGGAAAUAAAUUUCCUACCUAUUUAAUGUUCAUCUUCCUUUUGUUUACUAUUCUAAUGCCAUAUGAAUUUUUCCAGCAGUUCAAUGCAAAAUGUGAUUUAUUUUUUUAAUGUCUUCCCCUUAUGUCCCAUUCUGGCAUGUUUCUGAUCAAUAGGGUAAAAAAAAAAAAAUCUGGAUAAACAAAGUAUUUUUCAUAACUGAAAAUGGAUACAUGUACUUUAUUUGGUCAGCUUUAGUAACUCUUGGUAAUUUACCAUUAUGUGGAUCUCCUCAAGAAAGCUUUUAGUAUACAGCCUUAAAGUUCUGACCUUAUUGUUCUUGUUCACCUGAGCUAUGAAUGUGUUUGUGAUCUCUGUACUGUGAAACUAAGGAUUUGCAAUACAUAGGGAACUCAGGAAGCUCUUGACUUAGCAGGUAGUGACAGCUUUCCAGUCUAGUACAAGUAGGUACCUAUAACUAAUGUUUGAGCCAAAUUUGAUGCUUAUUUAAUAUGCCAUCGUAGGGUAGAGACUUAAACUUUGGGAUUACUGAACUCAUUAACUGACAGUGAGCAGAAACAAGUUCCAUGUUCAAUUGAUCAUCUUUCUACAGUGUUGCAGAUGAAGCCACAGGAUGUGCAUUUGAAGCUCUCCACUGCUGUCCCAUGGUAGAAUACUUGUAUGAGAAGUUCUUGAAAGCUGUCUCUCAAGAGUGCUCAAUAUCCUUUUAAUAACAAACCUGAUAAUGCACUAUUGCUUCAAUGUGUAACCUGACUACAAGCAUGCCUGUUAGCGUACACAUUGUAGAGCUCAGAAGGAAAUCAGAGGCCUAUAGGACAGGCCGUGUUUCUCACUAAAUUAUGCAGACUCUGCUUUCUGUACUGCAACCUUUUUGUUGUAAUAGAGAAGCUUUUCUAGAUAGUACAGUAACAGCAGGAGUCUUAACGUGUUUGCUUUGUACCAGAUGUUAUUUAGAAGUAAAGCUUGCAAAACAAACUUCUUGUUGCUCUUAUAUGCUUUCCUCAACGUUUUCUAUGCUCAUUUGAACCUGUUCAUAACCAUGUUUACUCCACAGAUCUGCUGCUCCUGCUGCAAGGUGAUAUUUUGACAAAUUUUGCAUUCAAAGUCCUGUACAUACAGUGACAGAGUUGUGUUUUAAGUUUCAGUCACUGAACUGCUAAAUACAGGCUGACCUGCUGCUUGUGUGAUAUUCAGAUUUAUAGUGAGUGAAGGAAAGAUGUGAGGAAAGAAAGAAGGUAAGCUAGAUUGAACCUUAAUUUCCUUGAACCUUAACUUUUGCAGAAGUGAGACUAAAAUAAAAUAGAUGAAAUUACCUCUUGAGUAUUAUAAUUAAAACUUUAAUAAUAAAAUCUAUAAAAGGACAUAAGGAUGAAAA